AUCACGAUCGCCGUACUCGACACGGGGCUCCAUCGACACGAAAGUGAUGUUACGUUUAGAUACUCAAAGAAAAUCGACGAAGAGCGUUGCCGAGACUUUGUGGCAGAUGAAACAGGUCAAACCCAAGGAACAUUCGACGAUACGCAUGGCCAUGGAACACACGUAGUCAAACUGUUACUUCGUUUUGCGCCGCGAGCUCGGAUUAUAGUACUGAAGGUGUCGGAGAAUUCUUCUUUAGAGAAGACAAGAUUGCUGCAGAUUAAAAACGCGCUCGAGUAUGCCGGGACCGUCGCCGAUAUCAUAACCAUGUCAUUUGGCCUAGGAGAUGCAGCAAUGCCAACUUUACGACCGGUUAUCAAGAAAAUUAAAACCGCGCAAAAACUCAUCUUUGCAGCGGCGUCGAAUUCUGGUGGUAAUGGCAAGCGCGCUUAUCCAGCUAACGAAGCUGGCGUUUUUGCCAUACAUGCCACCAAGGGAGACGGCUCUACCCCAGAGAACUUGAAUCCUCCACGCCUUCAUGGGCCCGACAAUUUCGCAACCCUUGGCUGGAAGAUCCCGUCAUCCUGGAACGGGGAUGAUGUAUUCAUCAGCGGCACCUCAUUUGCAACGCCCGUGGCUGCCGCGAUGGCGGCCAAUUUGAUGGAGAUCAUCUGUCGCACCCCAACAGAAAGCAACGGGAGAGGUUCCCGUCGGGUGGGUGGAUACGGCGAUAUGCGUCGCUUGCUGUUAAAGAUGCAACAUGAGGUUGGAAACUAUCAAUACCUGCGUCCUUGGGCACAGGGAAUGUUUGACGGGAAUAAAGACUUCUGUGAGAUGCGAGACGAACUUCAAUCUCUACUUAUUGGAGGAGAAUCACCCAACAAGUAA